UGUGAAAUCAAAUCUCUACUAACCACUCCAAAUUGAAAAAUUAUUAGAUUUUGGAAGCUACACUGCAUUAUUUUUGUCGGUACCAAAUCUUUCUAUUGUUUCUCGCAACGUUACUAAAACAGAAAAGAAAACAGUUUUCGGAUUAAUAGCCGGCUGUUUUUUUCAUAAAAUAAUUUUUCAAAAAUUUUAUUUCAUCUCAACCAUUUGGAGCUUCUUGCCAAUUCGACUCCUAAGAUGUCAAUUCUGGGUCUGGAAAACUGGCUUUUCUACUCUGUGGCCUCUGUCGCUCUCGUGCUGUUUCUAAUAUUUUUAACUCUCUUCAUAUUUGUUAUAAUGUGGAAGAGGCCAAAAAAGCAGAAAGAAGUGCUGCCAGUCAUGGCGGAGAAAAAGAAAAAUCAAUCAGAUAAAAAAGCGAAACCAGCAGUUCAACAAACUAAAAAAGCAAAACACCCACAAGCUAACAAGAGUCCCCGAAAGCCAAAAACAAAUACCAACACCAAUCCAAGCAAAAACGAAGAGCCAGCGAAGACCCGAAGCACCACUGACAGAGCACCGAAACGAACAAACAAUGGCGGUACGAGUAGCCGAAGCUCAAACUCGCCGUGGGGAACCACGCCGCCGCUGUCCAAGCCACCAGACACCACUCGAACUUCGAGACAGCAGAAUGCUUGGAUGACUCAAAACUCCCUGUGGGAAUAAACAUCCACUCUCAACUGGUUCAAGAAACACCAGCCCUGAACUUGAACUCGAUCAAUUAUCUGAAGUCAUGUAUGUUGCGUAUGAAACCCGAUUUCAAAGCAUAACUACUUAAACAAGAUAAAUUAUCAUAGCUUCUUUUCGAUCAACUGAUAGCCAGUA